GCUUUUGGAAACAGAAUAUCGAUGUCAAAAAACUCAUCUAGUUCGAAAUGAUCAAGGUGAGUUGCUAAUCGUGGGCCGUUUGGGCCCCAGCACUCACCACCCUACCCCCACAUCAGCUAACACCAUAUGGCUCUUUCUCUCCAUUCUCGCCCAUGUUUCAGCCCUACCAGCCAUUGCCUCACCACUUGAUCAUCAAAUCCUAGUGACCACAGGCGACAUAAACACAACAACCUGGAGCUGCAGUGCUCAUACGUAUAACUCUUCGGAUGUCUCCCGCGCCAUUGCCUUGGGAUACGCUCUGCUCCAUGACCCUAGCUAUGUCGCUCAACCGCGUGUAUACAGGCUACUAUCCCCACCAGUUCAAGAACCUCGAGGCCUUCGACUUUGUCACAGAACCUCCCUAUUUCGAGUAUCCCAUCAUGCCAGGUGACAUAUACACCUCUGGUCCUCCAGGGCCCGACCGCGUGAUUUUCGAUGACGAUGGCGUGGUCGAGGGCUUGAUCACCCACAGUGGUGCGAGCAAAGAUGGAUUUAUGGCUUGCAAAGAAAAGACGAUGUCAGCGUAA